AAAUUACAAGGUGCAAAAUAAUAUGUCUGUUUACCUCUGUCUUUAUGUCUGCCUCAAGACAUAGUAGUAAGGUGCACCAAAAAACAAUCGAGUACUUUCGGAGUAAAAUAAAUUUCUAGAAGUUCAACGUGUAUUUCAUUAUGAGUAUGCAAGUUUGCUGUGUUGAUCCUCAGCCGCCGCAGCAGGCACCUAUCCUACCUCCUUCAGAUAUUGAAAAAAUGAAAGCUGAGCUUACUAAAAUUGAUAAUUUCAUGAAAGACAUAGAUUCUGGAGCUGCAACGGAAACUACAUAUGAAGGGUUAAAAGCUGCAAUUGCAGUGGCAAAUGAGAUUAUUCUUUCUCUUGACAAUGCAAAUGAUUUCUUCAAAAUUGGAGGAUUCAAUCAACUUAUACCCCUUCUUGCUUGUUCUGAUGCUGAGGUAGUUGCUGCUUCUGCAGAACUUAUUGCAGACUUGUGUCAGAAUAAUAUUUAUUGCCAGUCUAAACUCCUUGAUUUCAACGUGAUGCCUCAAUUAGUGAAAUUGAUGGAUAGCCAUCCAGACUCAACAGUUACCUCUAAGGCUUUAUAUGCAUUGUCUUGCUUAUGUAGGCACAAUGAUGAUGCCAUUAAACAUUUGGAAGUCACCAAUUUUCUUCCCAUAAUAUUGCGAAUGCUUCAAGGUCCUGAUGAGAAGUUGAGGGCAAAGACUGCAUUUUUUCUUUCAUAUUUAGCUACUCAUGAAAAUUUUAGAGAAGCCUUUUAUCAGGCAGAUGUUGUUGGAAUACUGUUGAAACUGUUAAAAGAAGAACAAGAUUCUAGCUCAGAACAUCUACUUAGUGCUCUUCAGGCUCAAGUGGCGCAGCAUAAACAAUCGAGAAUUCUGUGCAGGAAAGAAGAAUAUCGUCUAAAAGACAUUUUAGAAGCAAAAAUUCAAAUGUAUGGUUCAAAAGGUGAAUAUGAAGAGGCUAAAGAAUCCUGUUCUAAAAUUUUAAACAUAUGCUUCCAUGAAGAGAAGAAUUCAUAAUUUUUAUUUAAGAAAAUGUCAUAACAUGCAUCAUCAUUGAUAUAAGCAGCAUACUUUUGUUUUCUUUGCAUUAUUAAAGUAUGUACAUACUAAAACCAGUA